CACCUGAACGCAUCGCAGUUUAAACGUGCGUGUGACGUCAUUGGUUUUCAUCUCGUUCCUCCUUUGGUUGGAGAUCAGACCAGCUAGCCGAUAGCUAGCUAACUAGCUAUAUUUCCUCAUUAUUCCACGGUGCUAAAGACUCAGUUCGUAUAAGGUCUGUUACUGUCUGAUUCAGAAGGAUAUUAUUCACCGUCAAAUUCCUUUCUGACUCCGUUUUUCUCUCAACUCCCGGAGAAAACACUGAGCCAUGUACAAUGGGAUUGGCCUGACAACUCCGCGGGGCAGCGGCACCAAUGGCUAUGUACAACGCAACCUGUCAAGCCUGCGGGUCAAGCGGCCGCGAGAUGAGCGCGGUGGCGAGCGGGACGAGAAGGACCGGGAGAGGCUGGAGAGUCAGCUCAACAGGCAGCCCAAUGCUGACAUCCUGGAGCACCAACGGAAGAGGCAGCUGGAGGUCAAGUGUGCCGAGCUGCAGGACAUGAUGGAGGAGCAAGGGUAUUCAGCUGAAGAAAUCGAGGAGAAGGUGAACACUUUCCGUAUGAUGCUUCAGGAGAAGCAGGAGCCGGCUCCGGCCACCACCGACAGACCAACGGCGACAGAGACUCAUGCUCUGGCUGCAGCCAACCAGCAGAAGAAUGACCGUCUUCGUGCUGCGUUUGGCAUCUCCAGCGACUAUGUGGACGGAUCAUCUUUCCACGCCGACCGCAAGGAGCGAGAGAAGGAGAAGAGAGAUCAGGAACGCCUGGAGAGGGAGAAGCUGCAGCAGCAGAAAUAUACGUUGGUGGAAGAUUCAGACAAUUCAGAUUCUCUUCCCAAGAAGCGCAGCCGGAAGAAGAAGAAGAAGAACAAGCCCAGAGACAGCUCGGAGAGUCCCUCCUCAUCUCCUCGACGAGAGAAGAAGAAGUCCAAAAAGAAGAAAAAGAAACGUGAUGCGUCCGAGGAGGAGGAGGAGGAGGAAGAAGAAGAAGACAGUUCCUCAGAUGAGAAGCAGAAGGAGUCGAAGAAGAAGAAGAACAGUGGAAGUUUGAGUCCAAAAGCAAAGGGCGUGCGACACAGGAGCGUCUCCUCCAGCUCUGCUCGCAGUGAGUCUCCAGCUCCACUGAGAUCACGUCAACCGGAGCAAACUGCAAGAACAGCUAAUGAAGUGAGAAAGGGGAGAUCACCUGACCGGAGGAGACGGGGCUACGAGGAUCACGGCCAACAUCUGCAGGGAGGCGACAGGAAGAGGCCCAAUCCUGAGAAAGAAAAAGUGUGGCCGAGUGAGAUGGAGAAGACUUCCUCCAAGAGGAGACAUGACUCUUCAUCCCCUUCUCCACCACACACAGAAAAAAGCAGGGAGAAAGGGAGGCAUUCCAGGAGCAGAGAAAUGGAGAAAAGGAGGCGUUCCAGGAGCGUAGAAAAGGUGAGGGAGAGAGGAAAGAGCCCCAAAAUCAGAGAGAUGGACAAAGGGAGGCGUUCAAGGAGCAGAGAGAUGGACAAAGGGAGCCUUCCAAAAAGCAGAGAUGUGGAGAAAGGGAGGCGUUCAAGGAGCAGAGAAAAGAGGGACAAAGGAAAGGAGAGCGGUCCUCAGAGGGCCAGACAUGACUCGUCUUCAUCACGUUCUCCUUCUCCUCCUCCUCCACCCAAACAGGAGACUAGGAGGGACAGAAGCAGAGAUGCUGAGCGGGAAAAAGACCGGAAUAAACGAGACAAAAUGACAAGACACGACUCCUCAUCCCCCUCACCUCCCCCCGAGAAGGAGAGGACCAGGAGGCAGAGGAGCGGAGAGAGGGAGCGCAGGACUGAGAGAGACCUGCACUCAAGGGCACCAAAUGAAAGGGACAACAGGAGAGACCCUGGUAAGAGACAGGAGAGAGAGGCGUCUCCUUUCCAACAGAAGAAUGACAGGAGACGGGACGGAGGACACCGAGAUUCCCCGUCACCCGCCUCUCGCUCACCUGUCACCAACGGGCGUCAAAGAGACAGGGAGGAUGAGAGGAGAAGAGAGAGGGAGAGGCAUCUGAACAAGCAGAGGGAACAAGACAGAGAGCGAGCUCAAGAGGGCGGCAACAAGAGGGACGAGGCCGCCCGAUCCACCGCAGAAAGCAGGAGAGACGGAUCGAGAGCUGCGGAGAAAGGCAGGAGCGACAGACCGGAGCUGAACGAGAAGACGAGAAGCCCUCCGAGGAAGGAGAAGCGUGACGACAAGGAGAAACAGGCUGAGAAGAAAAGAGAGAGCAGCAGCAGCAGUAGCAGCGGUAGCAGCAGCAGCGGGAGCAGCAGCGAUAGUGACAGUGAUAGCUCUUCGUCCUCCUCUUCAUCUUCGUCUUCGUCUUCGAGUUCGUCCUCUGAAGAUGAGGGUAAAGCAAAGAAGGUUUUGUCAGCAGGGAAGGAAAAAAGCAGCCCCCCCAAAAGGGCCCCGUCUGCCACCGGAGCUGCAGUUGAAAGGUGUUUAUCCAACGGUAGAAAGGAAAGCCCCGUCUCUGCGUCUGAGGGCGAAGCGCUUCCACGAGCCCAGAAGGAGAGAGACGGUGGAGGAGACAGACCCGAGAGGGAAAGGGCUCCUGCAGAGAGCCACCCGUCCCAGAAGAAGGGUCAGGAGCGCUACAGCCCCACACAGAUGGACAGCCCCUCUCCACCUCCUUCCCCAUCCAACAGAGCGGACACCGGCCGAGGCAGCAACAGGUAUUCUCCCUCUGAGGCCGAAGCAGAGAAAACCAGGGUGGAGGUGAAAGUCGUGGAGAGGGAGAGAGGGAGGGAGAGGGACGCGGCCAGGAGGCCUGCGAGGUCCAGCCCCUUAGCCAGGAGGUCACGCUCUCCGCCCAAGAAAACCUCCGCCGUCUCCCCACCACGUCGCACUCCACCAAGGCAGUAUCAGGAACCCCCGCCCCGAUCCAGGAGACCUUCUCCUCCUCCGGCCUGGUCAGACCGGGAUAGAGAGAGGCAGAGGGACAGGGAGAGGGACAGGGAGAGGGAGAGAGACAGAAACAGGGACAGAGAGAGGGACAGAGAGAGGGACAGGGAACGCGAGCGGGUUGCCAGGAGGAGCAGGACCAGAAGCCCAAGAAGGCGAUCCAGGUCUAGAAGUCCGAGGAGGCGAAGCCCACCCCCCGGCAGGUCCCGUCGCUCUCCCUCUCCACCGCGGCGGAGGAGGAACAGUCGCUCCCUCUCCCGAGAAAGAGCGAGGGAAAGGGAACAAGAGAGGAUCAGGCAGAGGGAGGUGGAACAAGAGAGAGAGAAGGCUAAGGAGCCCCCUAAAGAUGUCCCCCAACCCCGCAGAUCCUCCUCCUCCUCAUCGUCCUCCGGCUCCUCUUCGUCUUCACCUUCCCCACAGCGAGAGACGAAAGACACAAAAGCACUAACUGAGCGAGAGGACGAGAAGAGGGAAGACCGAGAGCAGAAAAGUCGCUCAUCUUCUUCACAAGGUCCCUCCAGAGACUCAUCCCACGCCCAAACCUCAGGUAGAAGAGGCCCGCCGUCAGACUCCAGACGCUCUGAUGUGCCGUCCAGAAGGUCUCCGGCCGGCAGCCAACCAGAACCCAAGCAGUCGUCCGGUCUGAGCAGCAAGCGGUCCCCGGUGGGGGCCCCUCAGCCGUCGGACCAAAUGGUCAGAAGUGAGAGCGCUGUAAACGGGAAGGAGGUCAACAAGAAGGCCAACAAGAGCAGCAGCUCCAGCUCCUCUUCCUCGUCCUCAUCCUCUUCUUCUUCCUCGUCUUCAUCGUCCUCUUCAGACAGCUCGGACUCUGAAGCGGAGCAAGAGAAAGGGAAGCCAGUCAAAGCUCAAAGCUCUCCUUCCUCUUCGUCCUCAUCGGAGAACGAAAAGGAAACUAAGAAGAAGAGCCCCGCCAUGCCUCCGAGGGUGCCAGCUGAUUCCCUGAGAGAUUCCCGCUCGCUCAGUUAUUCUCCUCCAAGGUACAUGAGAGCAGCGCCGCCCUCGCCGAGCCGCAGGAGCGGCAGCCGACAGUCACCGAGCCGCUCGUCAACCGGCAGGCGAAGGAAAUGAGCCGACGCCUCGAGGCGCUUUUCUUCUGUCUCUGUUCGCCUCCGGCUGGUUUGAACUGGACUAUAACACGAACUGCAGCCAGCGGUCAGUACACCUCUGUGAAUGUCGGGGGACCACACAGUUAUCAACAACACGUUUGUUUUUUAAGCAGCGAUGACCCGAGGCUGGCUUGUACAUUCAUUUUUAGGAGCUGAAAUAAGAAACGUACACAUUCACACGCGCAGACGCAGUUAAGUAAAAUGUAACUCUAACGAUGUUCCUCUGUACUUGUACUGUUUGUUGCGUUCUACCUGUAGAUAUGAGCUGUCUGUAUUUUGGUUAUUAUCAUGUAACUGAUUCAAGUUUCCAUUUAAUGUGAGCAGAAACUGAAAUGUGGUUAAUUUCUUUGUUGAACAUGAUUAAUAAAAGGCAAUUGUACAUUUUA